AUGACCACACCUCAUAUACUACGUCUGCCUGUGGAGCUUCACCUAGGCGUGAUCGAAAUGUUAGAGCUCCAAGAUCGUGUCCGACUUGCCUCCGCGAAUCGUUACUUCCGCUCGAUCACAAAGCCCCCAUCACACAUCGAGUAUCUCAAGGCUGAGGCAGAAAGCUGGGCUAAGGAUAGGGACUUGUUUGCGUGUAGCGGCUGUAUCCGCUUUCGUCGCUUUCAGGAUUUUUCCGACGACAUGAAAAAAGGCAAACGUACUCGCGGUGGAGCAGAGGCUGUUAACAGACUGUGUCUCGAGUGCGGAGUCACUCACGGCUUGUACGUCCCUGGAAGCCCCGUAGUGGUAUACGGCAGAGUUCACAUGCUUUGUGGGAUCUGCGGCACGUUUCCCGGCCUCGCAACUCGCCAAAGCCGCUGUGUGGAGUGUGCACCAGCGGCACGGUUUCUUGAAGCAAGCUCGACGAACCCAGUCUUUCGUCGUUAUGCACCCCGACAUGAUGGCACUUCAUGGCAUCUGCUACUGAAAUUCAACGUUUCGCAAGAACGCUCUUCACACGUCUACCCACUGGUGCUUCCAUACGCACUGCACAAGCUGCUGAUCAUGGCUCCCACAAGUAGGCUCGCCCAUAGAGAAUCUGGUGUGCAACCAGAACAGCCUGAACCCAAACGCCCAAAGAACCUGUUGAGGCGCCUCUCGUCAGGCUUCUCUUCGAUACUACCAACUAUAACCUGGCGCAAAGGCAAAUCGAAGAAGCAUCACAAACGUUCAACUACAGCACCAGUGCUGGGUCGGGGCUUCACGUAUUCCGUUCCACGUGAUAACUCGCGUCUGCCAGUCAGCCAGCAAAUCCCUGCGCCACAAGUCGACAUCCCACAACUUUCCGAGCCCGAAAACCGUUCGUACAAUCCAGACACAAAUCACUCCUUCCCAAGCAUCGAACAAAGACGCUGUGACUUCUGUGGUUCAUGUCCGCCUUCAAGCGCAAUAUCUGCCUUCUCAGCCGCGGACACACCAUGCAUCCACUGCCAAACCCGAAGUCCAUUCUCCUAUCUCGCCACUCCGCAAGGCCAGACGAGAAGUGCCUCCGCAAACCCAAACACCCUCGUACAACUCAUAGCUAACUCCCCAGCACCGGAGCAAGGCCCGCGCCUCGUGCCCCCCUCCACUGCCUUAAACCGCCUCAAUAACCCUCCAGGUACAUACUCCCUCCCACACAGCCGCACCCCAUCACACGCCCGCCUCCUCCCCUCCUCAUCCCCCAGCCGCAGCAGCAGCGGCAGCCGCCCAAAAUCCCCGCGCCUGCACCACCUCUCCCUCCUCCCCGGCGCCCAGGCGCACCCCUACGUCCACCGCCGCGAAGUCGACGCACACCUCGCUGCCAUAAGCGCCGGCGCGCCUAGUCCUCUACAAAGCAGCAUCGAUGAAGCGCAGCGUGCGGAGGCGACAAGAAGCGAGUAUCAGGAUUUCUCACGCACGGUGUUCUAUGGCACGACAACUACAUCGGCGAGGGUGUGGAGGGCGGAGAGCGGGGAGGUUAGGCGGGAGGUUAGGGUGCAAGGGAGAGUACAUGUGCAGGAUGAGAGGGGGAGUCAGGGUGAAACAGAGGCGGCUCCGAUAGUCAACGGUAUGAGACUGGAACUUCGGGGUGGAAGCGGAGGGCCGAGAUUGAGAGGUGGUGGCGGACCUUCGUUUGAGGCAGAGUGUGGUCUUGAAGCACUGGAGCAUGAGGCAAUGCCCGUCCCGUGUCUCAGAGGCGGCGCUGGUGAUCGAGUUCGUAUCCCACAUACGCUCUACUGGCUCGCCGGCGGCACGGGUAGGCCCGUCACAAUAUUCCGGGGAAGUGAUGGGAGUAUGAAGAGUGGUAAAGCGACGUUUGGGUCGGGCAGUGUGCGAGGUGUGCCUGUUCAGGAGCAGGUACCUGUGACAGCGGAACAAGCUGUCCCGGCGGUGGUUCCAUUGCCGGAGACACCUGCUGUAGAAGUUGGCGACGCUGAGGUGCAAGCAGAGGUUGUUGAAGAGGCGGUACAAGAGAAUGCAGGCCAAGCGGCGACAGGUGAGAACGUAGGAGAUGCAGCGAGAAGUUGA